AUGUUUUCAGAGCAACCUUACUGCACGCCGCCGACUGGGAAACUUAUACUACAACCUAUUACCCAAAUCAGGUUUGCGAAAGAAACGGAGUUUACGAGAAUGGCACCUGAACUGUCUUCGAAUUGGAAAUUUCUUCAAGCAAAGUUGAAACAGGAUCCGACGAAUGAAAAAAAGUUAAAGGCACCGCCAACGCAAAGGCAACUAAACACCACUGCGAAGCGCAGGCGACAGGAAGCGAAGCAGUUACUUGGUGGUGCGCCGAGUUUGCCCAGGCCAGCUACGAAGCGGAACAGGAUGAGCAUUAAUGGCCAGCCUCCUACGGCAUCGCUUGCACUAUGGGCAGAAGAUAAUGAAAUCUCGGCAAAAGAUCUUGCUGCGGCUUAUGGAGAUGGCGUGAAGAAUGGCAUUAUGUAUGGCGCAGAAGAAGACAAGGUUAACGAGGGCCUGGGAGAAGAUGUGGAAAUUGGACAGUAUGUGGCCAUGGACUGCGAAAUGGUCGGUGUAGGAGGGGAAGAAGAUCGAUCAGUUCUCGCCCGAGUCAGUAUUGUCAACUACAAUGGUGCACAAGUCUACGACUCUUUUGUGCGCCCAAAGGAGUUUGUUACAGACUGGAGGACGAAAGUGAGUGGGGUCAGCCCAAAUAACAUGCCAACGGCGAGAUCAUUUGAAGUUGUCCAGGCAAGCGUCGCCGAGAUUCUCAAAGAUAAUGUCCUCGUAGGACAUGCCAUCAAGAAUGACCUGGAUGUUCUGAUGAUAGGCCACCCCAAAAAAGAUAUCCGGGAUACGUCGAGGUUCAUCGGCUUCAGAAAAUAUGCCUCCGGAAGGACGCCGAGUUUAAAAAAACUGGCCAUCGAAGUCCUAGGCGUUCAGAUACAGAGUGGAGCGCAUUCCAGUGUUGAGGAUGCCCGCGCAACCAUGCUCUUAUUCCGAAGGUUCAAACAGCAAUUCGACCUUGAGCACGCAAAGCGAUUUCCACAACGGGUAAGGGUCGAGGGGAGGGGGGCAAAAUCGGGAAAGAAAGGCAAGGGGAAGAAGUGAAGUGAUAGGGUUUUGAGUAUUAGUACUCCGGUCUGCUUGACAGUUCUGGGCUAUGGCAAUAUUGCGGCUUCAUUUCUGCGACUAGCCACAGGAAUAGUCUCAUACCUGGGCAUCGCCAAGAGACGACAAACCCUCACAUAUCCGGACGCACGUACGUUAUGGCGUGCUACCAAAGCGCUAAAGCCUUUGGUCAACGGUGACCUUGCUCACUCACGGCCACUCCCAGAAACUGCCCCGCCUAUCCAACAGGUGAUGUGGUUGUGUAUGACGACUACCUUAACACAAAGCCACUUUGCGACUUUUGUCUCACCGUCUAUGGAUUCUCACCAUCCUGCCGCCCAUACCAACUUGCUCCGUUAUAAACUGCGCAUGCCUGCGGCUUCAACAGUAUAGAGCCUCGAUAGCUCCAACAUGGUGGGGACCAUUUGUAUGUACUGGACGGUGUUCACCAAGUUGAUGAAUACUCGGGAGACACAAACCGAAAGUAUGUAACAUACGCGUGCUACGUUCGGUUCCGACGAUACUAUGUAUUUGGAGUGUACUGGUGACUGACUACUAGGCAAGCGUUCAUAGAAACUAUGCUUGUAAAUAAGACUUUAUGAUCAAUGACCUUAUGACGAGCCAUUUUGGAGC